UGAAACAAUAUGGCGGCGUUGAAUCGCAAAUAAGUUAAAGAUCUAAUAUAAAAAUAAAAAUGGCUAUGAAUCGGACUAACAGACAUUUAAGCUCUUCCGAGACGAGAGAUCCAAGGCGUCAGCCGGGAACAACGUCUUCCGAACAUCAGAAACAAAAUAGUGUACAAUUAGAUCAAAGAAAUUUUAUGUCACAUACAGAAUUUCCUGACGUUAGAUAUGCAGCUAAGAUAAGGAAUCAAAAUCGAAGUGGCAACUCAGUGAUUAAUUGCGGGGGAAUGCAAGAACAAUCUAUGAAAAAGAUAGCAAAAUUCAAACCAUUUGAUCCGAACACCGCUCCUGCUAACUUUAAAAAUUGUAACAAGACUUUAAACGUUCUAAAUGUCCGGCAACAACAAGAACAACAACAGCAGCAAGAACACCAACAACAACUUAAUAACCAAAAUUUUAUUGAAGGACAGCAGUUUUACAAUGGACAAGGCCAACAUAUUUACCAGUAUAUACCUCCGCAAGAAUUUACUUAUAGUACACUUCCUUGUAGGAACAUUUACUCGGGAAAUAUGACACAGUCAGGCCCCUCUGCUACGGCUGUAGCACCAAAUGGUGAAAAGAUAUACAUACCACUUGAUAACACCAAAUACGAAAUAAAAAGAAAUGACCACGAUUUAUAUGAUAUGCCUGAAAAUUGUGAUCUACAUAUUCUACCGUCCGAGGGUCAUUUUGAAAGCAGCGUGCAACUCCAUUCUCCAAGACCGAUUUGUGUUCGAGGGAGCUUAUCUGACGAAUGGAGUUGUUCGAGUAACGACGGACCGAACAGUGACACCGACAGUGAGCGUGAGACUGAUCCUGACACUGGAACGGAUUCCUCUGAAAUCGCUUCGUAUCUUGUAUCGGAUGUUCUGAAAACAAUAACUGAAAAUGUCAAUAACUUUUCUCUCCAAACUAAUAAGGAUGAUUUAAAUGCGAUAGAAGCAGUUUCCAUUGAGCAACCAGCUAAAGAUGUUUUGUUAAAGAAACAACAUCCAGGAAACAGUGGCAUUGAGAAAUCCCCGGUUAAAAAGCCUCAAACUAACAUAAUUCAUACAGAUUUUAAAAAUCUUGAUAGUUCUAGUUCUGAGUCUGGGAAACCAGUCACUAGUAAACGAGCCAAAGUCGAAACAAAAUCAAAACGUUUUGAUAUGAAAACUAAAAAACCUAGUCAGUUUAAGGAAGAAACAAAGGACAACGGGAAACCAAAAGAUAAAAAGUCUCGAGCAUGGAAAGAAAACAGAAAGGAAAAACGAGACAAAACUGUUAAUAGCUCCAAAAAGGGGCGUAAAACAGAAUUGGCAAAUGACGUGAGUGAAGUGAAACAGGAAACGCCGUUUUCAUUAGAUGCGCAUGUGCUAAGUAAUUGUGCAGCAACUGAAGAAACAGGUAACAACAUACUUCCGGUAGAAGCCGAACAUAUUAUCAUUGAUGGGCAGUACUAUUUUCAAAGCCAAUACUACAGUGGUCCCCAGUAUCAGCAUUGCUAUAAUCCAGACUCAGUUCAUCAGGAAUGCUAUCAGCAAUACGAAUAUUCAGCAACACCGGAAUAUACGAUGUUUAUCCACGACGCUUGUCCACCUCCCUCCAAAGAUGAAGCGUUUGGUGAAGUGCAUAAAAGUUUGUCCGGUGAGGUGAUAAACCACCAAGCAGCAGCUUAUGGACAACAGACACUAGGACCAGGAUUAUGCCAGCAGCCAAAUAUGGGACAAGUCACACAGAUGUAUAAUAAUGCCUAUCAAGUUAACGCGGAGCAGAUAAAUGCCUCUCAAGUUAACGCGGAGCAGAUAAACUGUAACGCAGAAGGGUUAGUAGGUCUCAAUCAAUUUUCAAAUUAUGGGGCAAUGAAUGGUUCAUCACAAGAUUUCUGGGUUACAGAUCAAGCGCAGUCAACAGCAUAUAGUUACAUAAACUCUUGUAACGUCACCGAUCCAAAUGACGAGCAAUCAAAAGGUCAAGGUCAGUUAUUUAUCAGUUAUGACGAGGACAGUGUGUAUGUUGAUCCAGAGAGCGGGUUGUCCUUUCCGGCACUACACAUGACUGACGAUUUCUUAGUAACAGUCAUUCUGCGAGAAGGAGUGUUCCUCGAAAUUACUGCCGAUAAGGUUUUAAGACUUGUAAAUCACGAGAAAAAACUCGUAGUUGCCAUUAACGAGACCGGGAACAAAUCCUGCAUAAUUCAUCCCGCGGCGAGAAUUUACCAAUCAGAUUCAAACGUACAUACUGAUCUGUACCUAGGCAGACGAGCUAAGAUGACAGAAGAAAUGAUAAUGUUCGGAAAUAAAUUAAAAACCUACAAAUUUGACCAUAGAAUGGUCACGGAAAUGACCGAAGAACCUGUUUUUCGCGACAUGUCACACGAUGAUUCAGUGACGUUUUUGUCGACAAAUGACGCCACCGGAUAUGACGAAAUCAAAUUGAAAAUGGAAGAAAUUUUAGCGCAUGCUCAUUUUUGGAAAAACGGUGAAUGCGGAAGCACCACGGUCAUUAAUGGUACUAAGAUAGUUCAAAACGAGAAAGGUGACGUCAGUGUUUACUGCGGACCAAUAAAUUUUCUUCGUAUGAACCCAGAGAAAAUGAUACUUAGGCUUAAAACAAGGUUUAUUGAGGUUGACAUUGAGACGAAUUGGAAUGUGAAAAUAACACGAGGAUCCCACGCUCUAAACGCUAGUCACAUGGGCUUCAUUGUUUCCAAUGGCAAAGUCAAGGCAAGUUUGGACAGUGAUAACAGGUUACAAUCAUUUACUAUGCCAGAUCACCGCUUUCUUAUGCUAGGCCAGCCAGUUUCCCAACAUCGACCAGGGGUACCGGGAGGACAACGUCGUCGGACACCAAACGACAAUACUGAACCGGAAGGAGAUCAUUGGGGCUAUACCCGGCAUAGCACGUAUGAUGAUCAGAGAUGCUUUAGAGAAUGGGGGGAAAGGAUAUAUUAA